GCGGAGCAUAAUUCAGUGGCCCAAACGAUGUAACGUCACAGCUUUAAAAAGGGGAGGUGGAAGGUUCCGCAUGCUAUUUAAUCCCGAACUCAGCGAAUUUUACUCAUAAACCAACAACAAAGUUCGAACCCCAAAAUAUACCUAACAUGAAUCCGGUGGUGGAGAUUGGGCGCUGAUGGGGGACGAAAAAGAGACCUGGAAAGUGAAAACACUCGAUGAGAUUCUACUAGAGAAAAAACGCAGACGGGAAUUAGAAGAAAGGAUAGAGCCCAAGCGCCAGAAAAAUUUCAUUCCAUGUCCUGCUCCACAGGCGGAUGAUCGGGAAGCCAAACGAGACACUCCGGAGGAAGGAGAACUACGGGAUCAAAGGAUGGAAAUAACAAUUCGUAAUUCCCCAUACACACGGGAAGACUCCACAGAGGACAGGGGAGACGAAGACGAAUCACUAGCAAUUAAACCUCCCCAGCAAAUAGCAAGAAAAGACAAAUCUCACCACAGGAAGGAGGAGAAGAGAAAAGAUAAAAGACGCCAUCGUAGUCACUCUGCUGAGGGAGGGGGGAAACAUGCACGACCAAAAGAUAAAGAAAAAGAGCGCGAGAGCGAUCGCAGAAAACGACAGUGGGAGGAAGACAAAGCCCGGCGGGACUGGGAGAGACAGAAACGCAGGGAACAAGCCAGAGCCCACUCACGCAGAGAGAGAUAUGGGGGAUAUGGGCAAUCGCCGAUUGUUGGGCUGACUGACGAUGGCCGGGACAGGCUGGAGCAGCUGGAGCGCCAGCGUGAACGGGACCGCAAGAUUCGUGAGCAGCAGCAAAAGGAGCAGCGCGAGCUGAAGGAGAGGGAAAGGAGGGCAGAGGAGCGUCGUAAAGAGCGCGAGGCACGCAGAGAAGUACCUUCACACCACCGGGCACAGCCUGACGAGUAUGACGACAAGCCAAAGCAGAACCACCGGAGCCGUAGUCCCAGCCGGAUCCCAAGGGACCGAUCAGAGCACAGCGAGCAUCUGAAAAUCGGGAUGUCUAAGGAGGAGAAGCCUGAGGACAAGGACCUGCUUGCAGACCUCCAGGACAUCAGUGACAGUGAGAGGAAGACCAGCACAGCAGAGUCCUCCAUGGGAUCAAGAUCUGGCUCAGAUGAUGAAGAGGAGGAUGAAGAGGAGUCCAGCAGCCAAAGUGGGUGCGAGGAGGAAGACGAAGAGGAGGAAGAGGAGGAAUCUGGCUCUGGCUCGGGACGGUCUGAUCAGAGUGCAGAAGAUGUAAGUGAGGAGGAACAUUCAGAGGAAGAGUUUGAAGAGGAGAGGGAGAACGGUAACCACAUCCCUACAGUGCCAGAGUCCCGUUUUGACCACGACACAGAGGAGAGUGGUGAGGAUAUGGAGGAUGAGGAGGAUGAAGAAGCAGGGGAGGGUGAUCCCACGCCCCAUUCUCAGGCCCAUUCUCGUUCCCCCACCCCUGAGGAGAACUAUGUUCCUGACUCUCCCCCCAUCUCGCCAGCUGAGCCGAAGAAGGAGCUCCCCAAAUAUCUCCCAGCACUACAGGGUUGCCGAAGUGUGGAGGAGUUCCAGUGUCUGAACCGAAUAGAAGAGGGUACCUAUGGUGUGGUGUACAGGGCUAAAGACAAAAAGACAGAUGAGAUUGUGGCCUUGAAAAGGCUGAAGAUGGAAAAGGAGAAAGAGGGCUUCCCCAUCACGUCCCUGAGAGAAAUAAACACCAUCCUGAAGGCUCAGCACCCAAACAUCGUCACAGUGAGGGAAAUAGUUGUGGGAAGCAAUAUGGACAAGAUCUACAUUGUGAUGAACUAUGUGGAACAUGACCUGAAGAGUUUGAUGGAGACCAUGAAGCAGCCCUUCCUUCCAGGUGAGGUGAAGACCCUGAUGAUACAGCUGCUGAGAGGCGUCCGCCAUCUCCAUGACAAUUGGAUCCUCCACCGAGAUCUAAAGACAUCCAAUCUGCUGCUCAGCCACAAGGGCAUCCUCAAGAUUGGCGACUUUGGUUUGGCUCGAGAGUAUGGUUCUCCACUGAAACCCUACACCCCUAUAGUGGUAACCCUGUGGUACCGCUCUCCAGAGCUGCUGCUGGGAGCCAAGGAGUACUCUACAGCUGUUGAUAUGUGGUCAGUGGGCUGCAUAUUUGGUGAGCUUCUCACCCAGAAACCUCUCUUCCCUGGAAAAUCUGAAAUUGACCAAAUAAACAAGGUUUUCAAGGAUUUGGGGUCGCCCAGUGAGAAGAUUUGGCCAGGCUACAACGAGCUUCCUGCCGUGAAGAAGAUGACUUUCACAGAGCACCCCUACAACAACCUGCGGAAACGCUUUGGGGCACUACUGUCAGACCUAGGCUUUGACCUCAUGAAUAAGUUUCUCACCUACUGCCCAAAUAAGAGGAUCACAUCCGAUGAGGCACUUAAGCACGAGUACUUCCGUGAGACUCCGCUGCCCAUCGACCCAUCCAUGUUCCCCACAUGGCCGGCUAAGAGUGAGCAGCAGAGAGUGAAGAGAGGCACCAGCCCUCGUCCUCCUGAGGGAGGCCUGGGCUACAGUCAGCUGGGAGACGAUGACCUAAAAGACACAGGGUUCCAUCUGACCACAAGCAACCAAGGAGCUUCUGCAGUGGGCCCGGGAUUUAGCCUCAAAUUUUGAGGCCAAACAGCAUUUAAACUCAAAAGAGUCAAAACUGCCAAAAUUACCAAGAAAACAAUCAAGGGAUUUGUCAACCUCUUGGAACUCAGUUUCAGGGAAGGCCCGCAGUGCCUCCACAAAAGGUCACAACUCUUCACGUUGUCAAGACUGUAUUCCACAAAACAAGAUGGGUGGCUAGAUUUCACCCGAGAACAAGAUGGAGAUCUCUGAAACGUUGCCCCUCACUACAAUGGCUUCUCUCGGAUGUAAUCGUGUGUUUUAAAGCCAUUUAAAGAAUGACAAUUUUUAGCUGUCUUGGAUGAAGGGCAACCAUGAGUACUCCUGAUUGUGUAGUUCAGCACUCAUGUUCGUUUUGGUUUUUUUGUGUGUGUCUGUGAGAGAGGACCAGAUUUUAAAUGUUUGGCAUUUCCUGACUGGUGGACUACUGUUUAAUGACGUAGCAUUGGCUGUGUACUCCAUCCAGCAUACUGUAAGAAUAUUUACUUUCUGGCUUUCAGCAUCCACACUGACAGGAGACUUUUUUUUUUAUCUUAGAAAUAAAGUUUGAAACUAUUUUGUCUGCCAUUUUGCCAUAUUUGUACAUUCUGCCUGAGCUAUGCAAACAUAACUGCUUACUGCCAAGGAAAAAAUGAAGAGAAGUCAAGCAACAAAAAAAAGAAAAGAAAAAAAAAAGACCUUGAACUCGGUAGUAGCUGUCCAAAAGUGAUGUCAUGCUCUGCACUGCACACUUUGUCUUUGUACUUUGUGCUUCCACAGAAAAGAGGCCCAGAAGUUGCUCCGCUUCUGCCGGUGACGUGAGUCCACAACUCAGGGAUCAGACCAAUCAAAUUGAUUUGAUUUUGAACCAGAGAAAAUGAAACGGGUCGAGUCAAAUCAUCAAGAGGGGCUGAGCGCUUUCGUCGAGGAUCGGCACAGGAAAUUUGCGUCAUCCGGCGGCUCCUUUAAAACCAGUUCAAAAUGGAGCUCUACAGUAUUCCGUUUCAUCUUUUGACCCCCCUUUUUUUUUUGGUGACCAAGGUUGGGCUCACUCUGAGGGUAGUAUGAUAAGCUAGAAGAGUUUGUACUUAAUGUGAAUAAAGGUUCAUAUGGUUCUAAGGA